UUUUUAAGUAAAAGCAUUUAACAAAAAUAGUUUGUUGACAGGGUUGAACCCGUCAAACAGGUUUCAGUACUCUAAACACAUACCUGUUCCUUUUUCCUUCUCUUGCGCUCACUUGCUUGCUAUGGAACUUGAAGCUUACGGUGUAGAGAGAGAAAACUGAAUUUAUUACAGUUAAUAAUUACUGCGUGAAAUGGCAGAGUGUUUUGAAGACGAUCCGUUUAACUGUCCCAUCUGUCUGGACGCACUCCAGGAUCCAGUGACGAUUCCCUGUGGACACAACUACUGCAUGAGCUGUGUUAAAGACUACUGGGAUGAAAAUGGCAGCAAAGGCACAGGUUACAGUUGCCCUCAGUGCAGGAAGACCUUCUCGCCUCGACCUGUCCUCAACAAAAACACCAUGUUUGCAGAAGUGGUGGAGCGGUUUAAAAACACAGGCCUUCGGGAUUCUCCACCUACACGUUAUGAUGGACCCAGACACACGGAGAGAGAGCUCCGCAAUGCCAAAAACUUCAAGAUGUGUCCAGAAAGUAAGGAUUUGUGCUGCAAGGCCCAUCUGAGGUAUCAUAACGAUGACUCUCCCAGAGAAAAGCACACAGUUAUUGUUGUAAGCGGGGAGCCUAAAGGAAGUACAUGUUUGCGGCACAACAGGCUGUUGGAGUUUUCUUGUCAGACGCACCAAAUCUGCCCGCUGUGUCUUAAUGAAGCCCACCAAGGACAUGAAGUGUUUUCGCACGCACCUCUGAAGACGAAAACACUAGAGUGCAGUAGAACUCCAGAGAGACAAGAGCACGGGAGUAAAGACAAAAUGACUGGACAAUGUAAAAGGAGAACUCGUGGCUCUGGACAUAGACAUGGACACAGGAGCCGACAGCCCCGGGGCUCACAUGCUAAAACAGGGCAUCAAACACACCGGCAUAAAAGUAGUAAACACAGAGGUAAUUCACAUGGGCACAGUCAUGGUGCUGGACACCGAAAGAGACGACUGGGAGUCCUGGUCAUCACAGAACCCGGCACUAGAAGAACCUCUGCGGAUCAUGUUAAAGCAGACUGAACCUUGAUUUGGAGCACAGUGUUACAAGUGCCAUGAUGUUUAAGGAAUGUCGCUGGAUUCAGGCAUCGACUGAAAGCUCACGUCAUUUCAUUUGUGAGUCAGCAAUCCGUUUUUGGAUGCAUUUUAUGUUCAUUCCUGAAUAGUAUAUGUAUUGUAUAUUAUAUGUAUUCCUGAAUAGUAUUAAUUAACACGAUUGUUUAGUUUUGUUUGUUGUUCUCAAUAAUUCAGUAUUGGGUGCAUCAUGUUCAACAUCAAGAAACACCUGACAAAAAUAACUUGUACAUAAAACCUCCUAUUAAUGUUGAAAACAACUCAUUUUUAAGAGUUAAGAUGUUUUCUGAAUGUUGAUCUGCCAGAUGUUUUAUUUUGUUUGGCUUUUUUUCAUAUUUAAAGUUUUUGUUUUGCAGCAGCAUCUUUUUUUUUUUUUUUUUUUUUUUUACUUUUUAUAAAUGUGUGCACAUAAAAAUCUGCAUCUUUCAGCGUGAGGGGAAAAGGAUUUGAGGACAUUCCCAUUAUGUUGUAAAUGACACACACACACACACACACACACAAUAAUUAUAUAUAUAUCUUAAUUAACUGAAUUAUUUACUGUGCAUUACUUUGGUUUGGAUUUUACAACUACUAUUUUGCUACUUUUUACUGCU